AUGCAAUCGCAACCGAAAUGGAAAACCGCAACCUACUUACACCAGGACCUUCUGAGUCGAAUUCAAAUUAGUUUCUUUACCCCAGCUGAUCAUUUUUCGUUAGCCAAGAACUUCUUCAACCUUGAGCAGCCUCUUGAGAAAACACAAACUUCCCCUUUCUUCCUGUCACACAAUUUUUCCAAGAUGCCGAUCGGUCAGUUCGACAUUGCGGAAUUUUACACGGAUGACGAGCUUGGCUCCUUCCGUGCGAAGUUCGACGAGUUUGACAAAACCGGCUCCGGUUACAUCGAGGAUGUCGACUGUCCCGAGCUGAUCGCCACCUGGUUCCCGAAACACUUGUCGAAGACCGCGUUCAAGAAAGCCUUUCAGUCCGUAAACUCCGAGCGCCCCGGGAUGUUUGAUUUCGAGGAGUUCGUGGUGAUCAUGAUCAAGGUGACCAACGCGCGCCGCCGGGCCGACCGGAUCGACUACGCAGACUACCUGGAGAGCUACCAACUGCGGGAGCUGAACAAGCUGUACGCCAAGUACGUGAACGAGCACGGAUCCAUCUCCUCCUCGCAGUUCCGAACCCUGUUUCAGGAUUUGGGCAUGAAAGACCUGGACGACAAAUCCGUGGCCAACAUGAUCGAGGAGGUGGACAAGGACAAGUCCGGCGAAAUCGAAUUUGACGAAUUCGCCAACUUGUGGUGCGUGCUCACUGGAGCGAUCAAACGUACUUAUUAAUUUUGUUUUGUGUAGUUAUUUUUUUUUUUCAAAUUCGAAUGCUGCGCUAAACGAUAACGAGGACAAGUCCCAAAACCCCUAGCUUCCCUUCCCUAUGCUAGCAAGAUGAUGAUGAUGAAAUGAAAUCUACAACAACUCUCUUUUUUCAUCCUGGGUAAGUCAUAGAUACCAAGGAGUCGCUGCACGAUAGUCUCAAGAGGGGCAGAUGCAGCAAAUACUACGGAAAUAUAUGAAUUCACGAACACGACAAAGACGGUAUCACAAUCAAGCACCGUAUGAAUGAUGAAAGAACAAGAGGAACGCUCGACUCUUGAUGCCAAAUCAUGCUGAGAAAUAAACAUAAAACCUUUUCAGGUAUCAACUACCGUGAAUUUCUGACGAACGACCAAAUCCGGAUGUACCGGCGCACGUUUGAGGUUGCGGAUGCGGACGGCUCCGGGUUCAUCGACAUGCGCGAACUGAUGGCGCUCUUCAAACGCCUCGGCAUGGCCCACACGCCUGAGCAGGUCCAGGACGAGCUGCGGAAGGUGGACGCGGACAACUCCGGGGAGUUGUCCUUCGACGAAUUUUGCGUAUUGAUGGUGGGCAUCGGCUCGGAAAAGAAGAAGAAAAUCAUUAACCGAGAGACCUACACCGUGAACCAGCUCGAGGAUGAAGAAUUCACCAUCAUGGACAUUCGCCGCGCGGGGUUCCCGCUGUCCAAGCUUCGCGGCCGGUAUCCGGUGAAAGCCCUGAUGGAGGAAGGAGGGUGGACCGUGAUUGAGUUCCGCCUGGGUGGCUUUAGCGUGCGCGAAAUGCUCAACGCGGGGUGUUCCCCUGCGGAGCUGAAGUGCGCCGGGUUUUCCUCCGCCGAACUGAAGGCGGCCGGCGUGGACGGGAAGUUCAUCGAAAAGUUGCACAUCGACCUGUCGGAGCGCCUGAAGACGGAGGACCCGGAGAAGGUGCUCACCGUGUCCAACCUGACCGGCGUGGAAAAUAGCCUGUUGCCGCUGCAUUCCACCCCGAGAAUCCAGUACCACACCAACUACCGACCCCCCAUGAGCCAGGACGCGCAGCAGAAGCUGGCCGAAGAAAUCAAGCGGACCAAAGAGAUCGAGCGGAAGGAGAAGGAGGUUUCCGGCAGAACAGAGCAAAUGAGCGAGGCCAGGAAGGCACUGAAGACCGGCCAGGGAGUGCCGCCGCCCUCCAUAGCGAACGACGACCCGGAUGCGCGACCAAUGGAGGGAGCCUAGACGGACCCGAUUCAAGGUCCGAUUUUUCUAGAUCUUCGACCUCCUGAGUAGUUCCAAUUUUUGCAGUUUCUUCUGGACACUGUACUCAGAUACAGAAUAAAAGUUUUUCCAUGAUUUUUUCGAGUGUGUUAUACAACAUUACGUAUCAUUUUGCAUAUAUAUUCAGAUCAACAACAGCAAAAAAAUCUAGAUGAGCAGAGUGCCCCCCUGCUGCGCCACAUACUUUGUUUCGUUUGUUUUUACGCUUACAUUCACUUUCGCAUUGUACGAACAAAAAAAUUUGCCUUUCAUCUUCACUACCCUGAUUUCGCAUGCAUUCCAUUCACCUCAUGCCAUGUUGUACCCCAACCGCGUGAAAUGAUUGUUGCGUGACCACCACAGUAAAAUCGAUGGCGAACCUCUUGUUUCGGCAAGCGCCCGCAUUUACAGCCAUGUAUGUAAGAUGAGAC